AUGGUGCAAGAAUGUAACUAUGAGGGAGAAAAUAUCGGCAUUUUUGUGAACGUGAUCAAAUGCUGUGAUUGGAUUCAGAAAAUCACUGGAAUCGAUGAUAUUUGUGUCGACAUUCCAGACCCGAAGAAACCCGAUCCAGCAACAAUUUCCGCGGCUGAUAUGACAAAGCUGGCUUUCUGCGAGUUUUGUCCGAUUGCCCUUGACUGGGUGAAAGAUUUUCUCGAUGAUCCACAAGGGAAAGACUUGGAACCAACGGUGUUCGCUGGGAGAGUUGCUGAGAAAUGUGCAUCAUACAGUCUUUCAGAAGGAAAAAUCAAAAAUCGAUCCAACUGCAAAACGACUGUUUACACAAUUGUUCUGACUGAGCUGAAGAAAGCAAUCUCUCCUCUCGUUUGCGAAUGUUUGCCAGUUGGAGCGGUGGUUUAUGGAGGGAUUCUUGGCAUCGUUCAACCCUACCAGGGCAUCUAUGUGACAACUUUUGUCUCUGGAUACUCAGCCGUUGAUGCGUUGUUGACACUAAUCCUAUUUAGAGCCUACCGUAGACGUGCACUAACCAUCUUCUUGGCGCCAUUUCACGACAUGCUCAAGCCAAUCUUCUUAAGCCUCCUGCUGACCAUUGGAGUCUUCGGGGUUGAAAUCGAAGAAGAGGAGAAUGUCAUCGUGCUGACAAAGGAAAACUUUGAUGAUAUCGUUGGAGAAACCGAGUUCAUUCUUGUCGAAUUUUACGCUCCAUGGUGUGGACACUGCAAAGCUCUUGAACCCGAAUUUGCCAAGGCAGCCACUCGACUCAAAAAAGAUGGCUCAGCAAUUCGACUCGGAAAGCUGGACGCCACAGUUCAUGAGGAUAUCGGCGCGGACGCUGACGAGCUCAAAGAGUUCUCAAAAUCUGCUGAUGUCACGAUUGUUGGGUACUUUGAGAAUGCUGACAGCGAUAAAGCAAAGUCAUUCCUCGAUGUUGCCGCCGAAAUUGAGGAUGUGAAGUUCGGAGUGUUGAGUGACGAGUCCCUCAAAAAAGAGCUUAAGUUAGAGGGUGAGGGAAUCUUCUUGUUGAAGAAGAAUGACAAUGACAAGACAUUCUUUGAUGAAGAGCUCAAGGCAGACACCCUAAAAGCCUGGAUUCAAGCCAACCGUCUGCCACUUGUCGCUGAGUACACUCAAAAAGCUCGUUCAUCGCUUUUUGGUGGAGAGAUCAAGUCACAUAACUUGCUCUUCGUCUCGAAGAAAUCAUCGAAGUUCGAGAAGAUUUUUGAGCAAUUCAAAACGGCAGCCAAGGAAUUCAAGGGCAAGGUUCUCUUCGUUUACGUGAACACGGAUGUGAAAGAGAACGCUAAAGUCAUGGAAUUCUUUGGAAUUGUGAACGACGAUCUGCCAACUAUUCGAAUCAUUUCUCUAAAAGAGGACAUGAUCAAGUUCAAACCUGAUUUUGAUGAGCUCUCCACCGAGAACAUUGCCGAAUUCACUAAAUCAUACUUGGACGGAUCGCUGAAGCCUCAUUUGAUGUCAGAGGAGAUUCCUGAAGAUUGGGACAAGGCUCCUGUUAAGGUUCUUGUCGGCAAAAACUUCAAGCAAGUUGUCGAGAACAAGAAAAAGCACUACUUCGUCGAGUUCUACGCUCCAUGGUGUGGACAUUGCGAGCAAUUGGCUCCAAUCUGGGAUAAGCUUGGAGAGAAGUACGCAAAUCACAAGAAAAUCGUCAUCGCCAAGAUGGACAGCACAGCUAAUGAGGUUGAAGAUGUCAAAAUCCAAGGCUUCCCUACCAUCAAAUUCUUCCCAGCUGGUUCAAAAAAAUCAAUUGAUUACACUGGAGAACGAACACUUGAAGGACUCACAGAGUUCCUUGACGAGUUCCAAAUCAAAAAUGAAGGUGUUGAGAAAGAGGAAGAGACGAGAGAAGAAGAGGAAGACAAAAACGAACACACGGAACUU